GCGCUUCCCUCUACGCCGCUCCAAUCAGAGACGGCCCACACACACCCCCAUAUCUCCCCCUCUGUGCCAAAGAAAAAAAUUCAUAGGACGCGGGCGAUUUAAAUUUUGAGAUACAACGACAAAAGUGUUUGUGGCUUCCCCCCUCCCUAACCCCGUCCGCCCCCCUCCCCUAAAAAUCGUCCCAGGGCUCCCGCUGAGGACGAGGAUUUUGAGUUGGCAUCAAUAUGAUGUUCACCGGUUCACACGCGGCCCAGAAGCGGAGCAGCAGUAGCACCAGUCACAAGCAGAGGCAAUUCUUGUCGCAGGAUCGACAACAACAACAACAACAUCCGGGCGGCCCCAUCUCCGAGCGGACAACGGAUGGACGGAGCGUUGAUCGCACCCGCCUCAGCUGUCAGGAGUUGAAACUCCGCCCGACCGGCCGGCUCAAUGUCCAGGUGCGACACUUCCGCGAAGGCGAUGGUCGCGUGUUGGACGGCGACGACUUCAGUCUGGGCGGUGGCGGGAUCACGCGCCGUCGCGGAGCCAUCAAACAUCACAAAGUCCACGAGGUCAAGGGUCACAAAUUCGUUGCCAAAUUCUUCCGCCAGCCGACCUUUUGUGCCUUUUGUCGCGAUUUCCUGCGGGGAUUCGGCAAGCAGGGUACCAGUGUCAGACUGUCGCAUUAUUUCGUCACUUGUAUUCCGAAAACUUAG